UUUUUCCACGUCCGCCAUUUUAGUAGCACACAAUACACUUUUUCGGUCGUCGACAACGAUUGUGAUCAGGAAAAGAGUCUUGAUGUUGUUAUUUAAUUUUUCGUUCAUUUUUGUUUAAGCAUAAAUAUUUAGUGUCCGAUUUGGAAAAAGCCAGAAGAAAACAGCCGAGAAGAGAAUAUUCAAGGAGCAUUGAAAAAAAAAGAUAACAAAAACACCUCGUUUGAAUUUGUAAACUCUUAGCCACAGCCAAGAAACGUUUAUAUCAUUAAAUCAUGGGUAACGUGUUUGCAAAUCUAUUCAAAGGCCUUUUUGGCAAAAAAGAAAUGAGAAUAUUGAUGGUCGGAUUGGAUGCUGCCGGUAAAACAACAAUAUUAUACAAACUAAAAUUAGGUGAAAUUGUGACAACGAUACCAACUAUUGGUUUCAACGUGGAAACGGUAGAAUACAAGAAUAUUAGUUUUACUGUGUGGGAUGUGGGCGGUCAAGACAAGAUCCGACCAUUGUGGAGGCAUUACUUCCAAAACACACAAGGAUUAAUUUUCGUGGUUGACAGUAACGACAGAGAGCGUAUCGGUGAAGCACGUGAAGAAUUAAUGCGAAUGUUGGCCGAAGAUGAGCUCCGGGAUGCAGUCUUACUAAUAUUCGCCAACAAACAAGAUCUGCCUAACGCAAUGAACGCAGCUGAAAUUACUGACAAGCUAGGACUCCAUUCGUUAAGAAAUCGUAACUGGUAUAUCCAAGCAACAUGUGCAACAAGCGGCGAUGGCUUAUAUGAAGGUCUCGAUUGGUUAUCCAAUCAACUGAAAAAUGCCAACCGUUAAAAUCACUCUGAACAGAAACCACUAAAACAGUUGUCACAUAAAAUUUUCUCCUACAAAAAAAAAACAACAUCAAUAAAACAAACAAAACAAGUACUUUUGUGUGUGUAUUUUCGCGUUCGGCUGAGGAUAAUGGAAACGGCGUGAAAAUCAAGCGAUACUUGCUAAACAAUCUUACAAAAACCAAUAAAAACUCAAAAGCAAACAUUAUAAACAAAAAAAAAAUCAUUUCGCAACAACAGCACAUUGAGGUAAAACUGAAAGUGGAAUAGUAACACAAAUGAAUUACAAUAAAUAUAUAUAUAUAAAAGAAAAAUAGGCAAGUUGGAGAAAUAAUGUGUUAAUUGAAUAAAAAACACAUACACACACAGAACAUACCUAAAACUUUAAUAUUUAAUAAAAUAGUACUAAUGAUAAUUUUUAAAAAGAGUAAUUAAAAAAAAUGAAGAAGACAAAGCUUAAAAAAGAAGUAAGAUGAAAAUUAUGAACAUAACUAAAAUGAAACUAUUUGUUAAGAGCAACAGAUACACACACAUACACACGUAUAUAAAGAUAUUUACAAUAAAUCGAGAAACAAAAACUGAUUAUGAAA